UGAAAGCUUUGUGACAAAGAGUGAGGCUUCUCUCAGAGGUGGCGGCCCCGACAGCCCCAAGGUGCAGCCGAAAAAGUGCACCACUCGCCUCGCUGCCGCAGCCCUGCCGACCCGAUCCCAGCGCUCAGCCAUGAUGAGAAGAGGCCUCCAGGUGGCAGCAAGACCUAGCCACCACGGAGCCCUUCCUGGCGGCCCCUACAUCCUGCCCACGUUCAGCCCUGCCUCAGCAUUCGGAUCCUCCAUGGACUCCCUGGUCUCAAGAUUCUGUCAGGAGAAGACAGAUUUGAAGAAUUAUGCCCUCCCCAAUGCCAGCUGGUGUCCAGACAUGCUGAACCUGUACCACAAAUUUCUGGAGGAAACUAAGGCCGAUGGCUGGAUCAGACUGCCCUCCUUCAAGUCCAACAGAAACCACAUCCAGGGGCUCAAGCUCCCAUUAGUGUUAACAGUUUCCUCAGACAAAAGUGACUGUCACAUCUUCACCAGGUGUAUCGAAACGGAAGGACAAGGCUACGAGUAUGUCAUCUUUUUCCACCCAUCCAAGAAGAAGUCUGUCUGUCUUUUCCAACCAGGCCCCUACCUGGAGGGGCCCCCAGGGUUUGCCCACGGAGGGUCACUGGCAGCCAUGAUAGACGAGACCUUCUCUAAAACUGCUUACCUGGCUGGAGAGGGGCUGUUCACACACAAUCUCAACAUCAGGUUCAAAAACUUGAUCCGUAUGGGCUCUCUGGCUGUGCUGAACGUUGGCAUGGAAAAGGUUGAGGACCAGAAGAUUUACAUAUCCUGCGUCGCCCAGAGCACGGACCAGCAGACCAUUUACACCAAAGCUUCAGGUACUUUCUUCCAGCUGCAGCUGGAAGAGGAUUCAUCUCAAUACUACACGCUGUGCCUUCAGGAGAGCCUACUGCCAACCGCCUUGCCUACCUGGGACACACUCCAGAGCAGCGGGGGGUGUCCGGGAAACUCCCAGGCAGAAAGUCGGAACCUCGCGCUCCCUGAGGUGCGGCGAGGGGGUGCGGGCAGCAGCAGCCAAGUGUGCAGCGAGUCUGCUUCUGGCCUGGAACGGCUCGGGAAGGCGAAGGAGGCGCGAGAGGAGGCAGUACCAGCGGGAGCAAUGGGAGAGCCUGUGUACUCGGAUGUCCGAGGCCUGAUCCGAAAAUGUUACUGUCUAGCCCUGGGCUCCCUCUAUUUCUCCCUGGACCCCCCGACUUUGCCGCCCUUUGUCCCUCCCCAUCCUCCCCCCACCCCGCUCAAACAGGGGCUUGUGCACCCCGUGGGCCCGUAA